AUGUCGCGUCGUCCGCAAGCCAGGCCGCGGCUACAUUCGCGCGUCUGUCCGCAGGCCGCGCCCGAGCCGUCGCCGGCGCCCGAGCCUGCAGCGCCGGACCCUGACCCUCAUCCGCCCUCCGAUGAGGAGCGGGAGCUUCGCGAGCCCGGCGACUGGAGGCCUUCCCGGCCCGCGUCGCCGCCGCAGCGCCCCGACGACGUCUCCGAAGGCUCCGAAGCCACCACCCGCCCCACCAGAGCAGAACCGGCCAGCCGCUACGCCAACCUCAACUACUGGAAGGCCAGGCGCGUCACCUUCUACAGGAAUGGCGACCCGUUCCACCCCGGCGUGGAGUUCCGCUUCAAGCCCGGCCGCGACCUCGCCUCCAUGGAGGUGCUGCUGGACCGGCUCUCCGAGAGGCUGGAGCUGCCGAGAGGAGCCAGAUUCAUCUUCGGCAUGGACGGCGAUCGGAAGUACAGGCUCGAGGAACUCGAAGACGGAGCAUCCUACGUCGUCUCCUCCUACAAAACUUUCAAGGCAGCCAGCUACGGCAAGAAGAACGGCAUGUGGUACGGGGGCACCACCACAGCAGCGGCGCCGGGUUGGUCCCGCGCCGGUACACGGAAGCAGUCGGUGGCGGAGUCCGACGCUCCACCCCCGGGCGGCGGCAAGCCAGCUAGCGGGCGCGUGAUCCGCAUCAUCAAUAACAUGGACCAUUCUAUACAGUGUCGCGUCUUACUAAACCUUCGCACAACACAGCCAUUCGAAGAAGUACUGGAAGACUUGGGUCAAGUCCUCAAAAUGAGUGGAGCAAAAAGGAUGUACACAAUCACAGGACAAGAGGUCAGAAGUUUCUCACAGCUACGAAACGAGUUCGCUGAUGUAGAAACGUUUUACUUGGGCUCACUGAUCGUUGCGCCCUCUCCUAUCAGAAGGUCCCGAUCAAGAGGCAACGUGGCCGCCGCGCCGGCGGCGUCAGAGGACCUGCGCGGGCGCCGCGCGCGCAGCAAAAGCCGUCCUCGGGUGCUGUACGCUCCUGAAGGCGAAAUUGUUCGCAAUUCAGACUACACACUGCUAGAAGUGCUAAAGGAGGAGCCCAUCAGGGUAACGAUCCGCGGACUCCGGCGCACCUUCUACCCGCCCAUCCACCACGCGCCCAUAGACAACUCGCCGCCCGAGAAGAAGAUGCAGCUGGACUGGGUUUACGGCUACAGAGGCGCCGACAGCCGGCGCAACCUAUGGGUGCUACCUACUGGCGAGCUGCUGUACUAUGUCGCAGCGGUGGCCGUUAUGUAUGACCGCGACGAGGAGUCGCAGCGGCACUACAUCGGACACACAGAGGAUAUUCAAUGUAUGGAACUGCACCCCUCCCGCGAGCUAGUCGCGAGCGGGCAACGCGCAGGGCGCGGGCGACGUGCACAAGCGCACGUGCGCAUCUGGAGUACUGACACGCUGCAGACGCUGCACGUGUUCGGCAUGGCUGAGUUUGAAGCUGGCGUGGCUGCCGUGGCUUUCUCGCAGCUGAAUGGCGGAAGCUACGUACUGGCCGUAGACGCUGGUCGCGAGAGUAUACUCUCAGUAUGGCAGUGGCAAUGGGGACACUUGCUCGGAAAAGUUGCGACACUUCAAGAGGAACUGACUGGGGCAGCCUUCCACCCGCUCGACGACAACCUGCUCAUCACUCACGGAAAAGGACACUUGGCUUUCUGGAACCGCAGAAAAGACGGCUUCUUCGAGAGGACAGAUAUUAUUAAACAGCCAUCGCGUACGCACGUCACCGCGCUGCAGUUCGAACAAGAUGGCGACGUGGUGACAGCUGACAGCGAUGGCUUCAUCACCAUUUAUAGCGUGGACAGCGACGGAGCGUACUUCGUUAGGAUGGAGUUUGAGGCUCACAUAAAAGGAAUCAGUUCACUGGUUAUGCUAUCAGAAGGCACAUUGAUAUCAGGGGGAGAAAAAGACAGAAAGAUCGCAGCAUGGGACUCGUUACAAAAUUACAAGAGGAUAACUGAGACAAAGCUACCAGAAUCAGCUGGUGGAGUAAGGAGUAUCUACCCGCAGAGACCUGGCAGGAACGACGGAAACUUGUACGUUGGAACUACGCGAAAUAACAUCAUGGAAGGAUCUCUACAAAGACGGUUUAACCAGAUUUUAUUCGGACAUCACAAGCAGCUAAUGGGACUGGCUGUCCAUCCCGAUGAUGAAAUGUUUGCUACUGCUGGACACGACAAAAAUAUUGCACUAUGGAAGGGACACAAAUUGGUGUUCGCUACACAAGUUGGCUACGAAUGCGUAUCCCUAGCGUGGCACCCCGGUGGCGGCGCCUUAGCAGCCGGCAGCACGGAAGGCCACCUGGUGGUCCUUAACGCAGACGCGGGGGCUCACGUGGCCACGCUAAGGGUCUGUGGCUCGCCGCUCAACUGCUUACAGUAUAACUCAGCUGGAGACACCAUGGCCAUCGGCUCACAAAACGGAAGCAUCUACCUAUUCCGGGUAUCACGCGAUGGGUUUUCUUACAAGAAAUCGAACAAGAUUCGAGGCGCCCAACCGCUGAUGCAGCUGGAUUGGAGUCUCGAUGGCAACUACUUGCAGACAGUCACUGCGGACUACGAUCUUGCUUUCUGGGAUAUAAAAUCAUUAUCACCAGAGAAGAGUCCGAUUGCUAUGAAAGAUGUGAAGUGGUCUACAUUCAAUUCUACUGUGGGCUUCCUUGUAUCAGGAAUGUGGAACAACAGAUUUUAUCCGAUGACGACUUUAAUUUCAACGGCCAGUCGAUCAGCUGCUCAUGACCUACUUGCUAGCGGAGAUACUGACGGAUACUUACGACUGUUCAGAUACCCAUGCGCCAGUCCGAAGGCCGAAUACAACGAGACAAAGGUAUACUCCGGCGCCGUGUACUGCGCUCGAUUCUUAUUCAACGACCGGUGCAUGGUCAGCGCCGGAGGCACCGACGCGGCGCUCAUGCUGUGGGAGCUGGUGGACGACUAGCGGGGCGG